UGAAGAAUUUCAGUUCAUUAAGAAAGCCAGGGGAGAGGAUGGCGGGGGCUGCGCCGGGCGCCAUCAUGGACGAGGAGUACUUAGUGAGCGUGGCCGAGCGGGGCGACGAGGUGGGCGGCCAGCAGGAGGAGGAGUAUGCCGACGGGGAGGAUGAUGCUGAGGUCCAGCAGGAGUGCCUCCACAAGUUUUCCACCCGGGACUACAUAAUGGAGCCCUCCAUCUUCAACACUCUUAAGAGGUACUUUCAGGCAGGAGGGUCUCCAGAGAACGUGAUCCAGCUCUUGUCAGAGAACUACACUGCUGUGGCCCAGACUGUCAACCUGCUGGCCGAGUGGCUCAUUCAGACAGGCGUUGAACUCGUGCAGGUGCAGGAGACCGUGGAGAAUCACUUGAAGAAUUUAUUGAUCAAGCAUUUUGACCCCCGCAAAGCAGACUCUAUUUUUACUGAAGAAGGAGAGACCCCAGCUUGGCUUGAACAAAUGAUUGCUCAUACCACAUGGAGAGAUCUUAUCUACAAACUGGCCGAAGCCCAUCCAGACUGUUUGAUGCUUAACUUCACUGUUAAGCUUAUUUCUGACGCAGGGUACCAAGGGGAGAUAACCAGUGUGUCCACAGCCUGCCACAGCUGGAGGGGGAGGGUGACAGUUAAAUGUAAAUGGACCCCUGACUUCAGAGUAGGGAGGGGCCUUUGCAGGGAGAGGUGGCCCAUAGCAGAUCACCCCACUGGCCAGGCAUGUGCUCUGUGGGAUUCACCAACGGGGUUGGGGGGUUUUCAGAACAAGCGAGUGAGCAUCAACAAGGAUGAGCUGAAGUCGACGUCGAAGGCAGUGGAAACCGUUCACAAUCUGUGUUGUAAUGAGAACAAAGGGGCCUCUGAACUGGUGGCCGAGCUGAGCACACUCUACCAGUGCAUCGGGUUUCCAGUGGUGGCGAUGGGUGUGCUGAAGUGGGUGGACUGGACCGUGUCAGAGCCACGGUACUUCCAGCUUCAGACUGACCACACCCCAGUGCACCUGGCGCUGCUGGAUGAGAUCAGCACCUGCCACCAGCUCCUGCACCCCCAGGUCCUGCAGCUGCUGGUGAAACUUUUUGAGAUGGAGCACUCCCAGCUGGACGUGAUGGAACAGCUCGAGUUGAAGAAGACCCUGUUGGACAGGAUGGUACACCUGCUGAGUCGAGGUUAUGUACUUCCUAUUGUCAGUUACAUCCGCAAGUGUCUGGAGAAGCUGGACACUGACAUUUCUCUCAUUCGCUAUUUUGUAACCGAGGUGCUCGACGUCAUAGCUCCGCCAUACACCUCUAACUUCGUGCAGCUUUUCCUCCCCAUCUUGGAAAACGACAGCGUCGCAGGCACCAUUAAGACUGAAGGUGAACAUGACCCUGUGACAGAAUUUAUAGCUCACUGCAAGUCCAACUUCAUCCUGGUGAACUGACCCAGUACCCUCCGGAGCCGAAGCGAACAUUCCAGACCGGGGGAAACGCCUUCCAGACCAAAGGGGCUCAGUCAGCACCUUGGAAAUGAGUUCUUGGGUGAAUGGCCUUUUAAAAAAGGAAGAUGUGAGCAAGAUAAGUGGAAAAUUGCUGUUAUGAGUGGUCCCCUCGCCUUGUCAGUUCUGUUCACAGUAUUCUCGUCCCAGUAGGGCC